GCACAGAGGUGUCUCUGGUCAGAUAAGUAGCAGGCUGCUAUAUUUGCUAAUACAAAGGUGUCUAAUGUCUAGGACUGCAGUUUGAGAUCUUCAGAUGCAAAUGAGACAUCUGUGGAGGGAUAUCUUACAGGAGCUGAGGGCCUAACGUAGGGAGGGCAGCUGUUCCUCUGAGGUGGUGGUGUCCCUUCCUGUGUGCUGUGGUCACGUGUGCUCUUUGCUGUGGAUCUUCCUUGCCGUGUGUGUGUGUGUGUGUGCGCGCACGUGUGAUUCCCUGGCCUAUGUUUACCUCUCUCCCCACUGGCCAUUUUAGCAGAAGAAACCAAACUGUGUCAAGAGUGAUAAGUCAAUGGAUCAUCCAGUAGUAUUUGGAGGAAGACACUCUACUGCUGACCAGUCAUUUCAGCAGAAGAGGUCAGGCUCUCCUAUACCCAGCUGUGUGUCCAUGAAGACUGAUAAGUCCAUGGGUCAUCCAAUGAAUUUUGGAGGAGGAGACUCUACUACUGACCAGUCAUUUCAGCAGAAGAGGUCAGGCUCUCCUAUACCCAGCUGUGUGUCCAUGAAGACUGAUAAAUCCAUGGGUCAUCCAAUGAAUUUUGGAGGAGGAGACUCUACUACUGACCAGCCAUUUCAGCAGAAGAGGCCAGACUCCUAUGUACCCAGCUGUGUGUCCAUGAAGAGUGACCAGUCCAUGAAUCCACCAUACAAUUUUGGAGGAAAAGACUCUUCUACUGACCAGCCAUUUCAGCAGAAGAGGCCAUACUCCCCUGUGCCCAGCUGUGGUUCCAUGAUGAGUGACCUGUCCAGGAAUCAACCAGAGACAUUUGGAGGAAACUCUGUUACUGACAAAGAUGAACAUGUAUUUGAUAUGGAAAUGGUACAGAAUCAAAAAUCCCUUCUUCAGAAGAAAUUUCAGUGUUUAUCUGAGGGAAUCUCAAAGCAGGGAAAUUGCACACUCCUCAAUGAGAUCUACACGGAGCUCUACAUCACAGAGGGGGGAAGUGGAGAGGUCAAUAACCAACAUGAGGUCAGACAACUCGAGAUGGCAUCCAAGAAAUCAAAAACAUUUGACACACCAAUCAAAUGUAAUGACAUCUUUAAACCCUUACCUGGACAAGACAAAGCCAUCAGAACUGUGCUGACAAAGGGAGUGGCUGGCAUUGGAAAAACGGUCUCUGUGCAGAAGUUCACUCUGGACUGGGCUGAAGGAAUAGCCAAUCAGGAUGUCCACUUCAUAUGUCCUCUUCCUUUCCGGGAGCUGAACCUGUUGAAGGAGAAAAAACUCAGUUUAGUUCAGCUUCUUCAACACUUUUUUAGUGACAUUGAAGAUUUCACUAUUUUUACUGAUGAUAACUUUAAAUUGCUGUUCAUCUUUGAUGGUCUGGAUGAGUGUCGGAUUCCUCUAGAUUUCCAGUCCAACCCGAGGUGUUGUGAUGUAACAGAACCAACCACAGUGUCUGCUCUACUGACAAAUCUCAUCAAGAAGAAUCUGCUUCCCUCUGCUCUCCUCUGGAUCACCUCCAGACCAGCAGCAGCCAAUCAGAUUCCUCCUGAGUGUGUAGACCAGGUGACAGAAGUACGGGGCUUCAACGAUCCCCAGAAGGAGGAGUACUUUAGGAAGAGAGUCAGUGAUGAGAACCUGGCUAACAGGACCAUCACACACCUGAGGUCAUCCAGGAGCCUCUAUAUCAUGUGUGACAUUCCAGUCUUCUGCUGGAUUUCAGCCACUGUUUUGGAGAGAAAGUUGAACGAAACAGAGAGAGGAGAGAUUCCAAGGACAUUGACUGAAAUGUACACACACUACCUGAUCAUUCAGACAAAUAUCAAACAGAAAUACCCAGACAGAAAAGAUGCAGAUGAUGAGAUUAUUUUCAAACUUGGGAAACUCGCCUUUCAGCAGCUGGAAAAGGGCAACCUGGUCUUCUAUGAGGAAGACCUGAGAGAGUGUGGCAUUGACAUCACAGAUGCAUCUGUAUACUCAGGAGUGUGUACUCAGAUAUUCAGAGAGGAGGCUGGGCUGUACCAUGGAAAGGUGUUCUGCUUUGUGCAUCUCAGCAUUCAGGAACAUCUUGCAGCUUUAUAUGUGCACCUCAAUCUCAUGACCUCCAGAUCCAAGCUGUCUCAAAUUUUCAGACCUGCAUCACAUUAUGACGCGCACAAAAGUAUAGUGGAUCUGGCCUUUGAGAGUCAGAAUGGACAGCUGGACCUUUUCCUCCGCUUUGUUCUGGGACUCUCAUUAGAGUCCAAUCAGACUCUCUUAAGAGAUCUACUGCCACAUUCAGACAGCCAAUCACAGAGCACAGAGAAAAUUGUUCAGUAUAUUAAGCAGAAGAUCAGAGAGAAUCCCUCAUCAGAGAAAUGCAUCAAUCUGUUCCACUGUCUGAAUGAGCUGAACGAUAAGUCCCUUGUGGAGGAAAUCCAAAGGUACCUGAGACCAGGAGGAGUAAAUGGAACCAAACUUUCCCCUUCCCAGUGGUCAGCUAUGGCUUUUGUGCUGCUGACUUCAGAUCAAGAGCUGGAUGAGUUUGACUUGUGGAAAUACUUCCCAUCAGAGGAAUGUCUGCUGCACCUGAUGCCUGUGGUCAAGGCAUGUGGAUCAGCUUGGCUGGGGAGCUCAAAACUGACAGAGGAAAGCUGUUCUACUCUGGCUUCAGUCCUCAGUUCAGGCUCAAGUCUCAGACAUCUGGACCUGAGUGACAACAGGUUGCGGGACACAGGAGUGACACUUCUUAGUGCUGCUUUAAGAAAUCCCCUCUGUAAACUGGAGACAUUAGAGCUGAGGUACUGUAAACUGACAGAGAAAAGCUGUUCCUCUCUGGCUUCAGCUCUCAGUUCAGGCUCAGGUCUCAGAGAGCUGGAUCUGAGUGUCAAUAACCUGUUGGACUCUGGAGUGACACUAAUUAGUGCAGCAUUAAGAAAUCCACUCUGUAAACUGGAGACACUAGAGCUGAGGGAUUGUAACCUGACAGAGAAAAGCUGUUCCUCUCUGGCUUCAGUCCUCAGUUCAGGCUCAAGUCUCAGAUGGCUAAACCUGAGUGCCAACAGGUUGCGGGACUCAGGAGUGUCAAUUCUUAGUGCUUCAUUAAAAAAUCCACUCUGUAAAUUGCAGGCAUUAGAGCUGUGGGGCUGUUACUUGACAAAGAAAAGCUGUUCCUCUCUGGCUUCAGUCCUCAGUUCAGACUCAAGUCUCAGACAUCUGAACAUGAGUGAGAACAAACUGCUGGACUCAGGCGUGUUGAUUCUUAGUGAGGCAUUAAGGAAUCCACUCUGUAAACUGGAGACAUUAGAGCUGUGGAGCUGUAAACUGAGAGGUGAAAGCUGUUCCUCUCUGGCUUCAGUCCUCAGUUCAGGCUCAAGUCUCAGACAGCUGAACCUGAGUAUUAACAGGUUGCAGAACUCAGGAGUGGAACUUCUUAGUGCUGCAUUAAAAAAUCCACUCUGUAAACUGGAUUCGAUAUGGCUGCGUCACUGUAACUUGACAAAGGAAAGCUGUUCCUCUCUGGCUUCAGCCCUCAGUUCAGGCUCAAGUCUCAGACAGCUGCACCUAAGAGGCAAUAAGCUGCUGAAUAAAGGAGUGGAUCUUCUUAGUCCUGCAUUAACAAAUCCACUCUGUAAACUGGAGACAUUAGAGUUGCGUAACUGUAAGCUGACACAGAAAAGCUCCUCCUCUCUGGCUUCAGCCCUCAUUUCAGGCUCAAGUCUCAGAGAGCUGGAUCUGAGAGAGAAUGGGCUGCAAAAGUCAGAUGUUGAGCCCCUCCGUGCUCUUCAGAGGAACCCACAGUGUUAUUUACAGCAGCUACGAGACUAUGGAGAGGGAGAUGAUUCCACUAGGUCCUGGUGGUGCCUUGAUCCAUUGACUUGAGCAAGACCCCACAGAGGAAGCACUGUUCUCCAAAACCACAUUGCUGUGAUCUGGAGAUUUUCCAAAGAGACACCAGAUACAUCAAGAGUGUUGUUAUUUUUUCCCCAUGUAUGUGUCGUAUUUGUGUGGAUAAUGCUUAUAUGGACAUGUAGGCUAUUACACAUAAACUGGUGAUGUUUUCAGCGAUAUCCAUUAUUUUGUCUCACGUGCAAACACUUUGUAAAAAUAUGGCACUAAUCUGGCACUAAGCAGGGGCGGAGGCAGAGCAGAACGCUCUUAAAAAGUAAGCAGGGCCUUGUUGAAUAUUCACUGAUUUUCUGCAAAUAUCACCAGUUAACAUGCACACCAGCUGAACUGGAACACCAGUCUUAACUCAGCGUUCUAAGUGAAGUCCAACCUGAGACACGCCAGGCCAGUUGCACCAUUCUUCUCACAGUCGUUUCUACAGUACAUAAACUAAGCCAGCCAGGCAAUCAUUUAAAGGGCUUUUGGCAUAAUUUACAAAUUAAAAACCUUAUAACAGCUUAUUGUACAUUCCAAAUAGGAUAAUCAAACACUUUGAAACAUUUCGAAGAACAUAGGUACUAGCUCAUCCUGUAAUAUGUUGGUGUACAUAAAAAUAUACCGUAAGCUAACGUUACAUUUCCUAGAUAUAAUUUCCUACCUGUUGCUGAAUUCCUAUCAAUGUGGUUGGUUGAUUGACGUUGUAGGACAUUCCGUAUUCCAAUGGGGUCUCUAAGCUCUUUACUUUUUAACUGCAUUAAAGUGUAUGUAAGCUAUACCCUCCUACCAGUCAUUUCACUGUAGGUGAUCUUCAGCACUAAACAAAGAGUCUGUGCUUGCAACUCUUGUUUGAACUUGGCAACCUCAUUUCAGUCUUUUAGUUCUAAUAAAUGAAGAGUUAUUUUCCAAAAUACUAUCCACAAUUAUAAUGCAUUUUCAUAAAUCACUUUUUAAAUAUGGGUUAAAGUAAUUUCAGUGGAACUGUAAUUGGGUUAUUGUUCUUUAUCUAUGACUUUCUGCGUCAUAUAUUGUCUUUUUAACUAAUACAGUGUUUUACACAGUGUUUUAUAUGGAAUCACAUUUUCUAGUUAAUUAUAAGAGUUCACUUACUUUUUCUACCAGCAAUGUUUUAUGGGUGUUGUCAAUGAAGAUAUUAUAGGUAAUCAUUUAUUUUGUGAUAUUACAGUAGCUUCACAAUAUGUACAGUAUGUGUGAACAUUUUUUAAAUGAGUAAAUGUGAUUUCCACUGAUGCCUCAACCUACAGUAUGUAAAUAUGUGUAAAUGUGGUUAUU